UCAUAGCCAACCAGCCGGUGCAGGUGCCCGCGCACCGCAAAAGGAAGUGCAGUGAACGAUUACAUUUGUUGCUGAUUGAAAUUGAAACUGUGUUGUUAUUUCUUAACGCGCCUUUGCGUUGGUUAUUUUGGUACUCGCAAGCUUAACAGCACGUAGCAGAAAUUAACUUAAGAGAGUGGUGUCAACACUUUCGCCCGUAUUGCACGCGCCAAAUCUUCUCACGGUGAAACCGUGCGAAAGUAGUGGGAAAAUGUUCUUUAUUACAAUAAACAAUAAGAUCCAAUGCGGCAGAUGAGCCAUGAAAGCGAAGGUGCGUUUCUUCGCAAAAAAUGCGAAAACUCCGCCAAGAGUUCGUUUAAAAUCAGGACAGAAAAUAUGUAUCCAAUGUGUGUUUUGGUUACUGGUAUGUAUCCAAGUAGUGUCAGCAAACAGACCACCGCGAUUUCUUAUCGAUGGACGCUCAGAAAUAGUUAUAAGAUUAAAGGAAGGCCCUGACACGCCCGUUGGGAGCUUAAUAUACCGUUUGAGGGGCCUCGACCCUGACGGAGAUACAUUGCGAUUUGGAAUAAGAGAGCAAGUCGGUAGUGAUAUAUUAAGAAUAGAAGCCAUUUCGUCCAACGAAGCUAAUAUUUAUUUAGUUAAGGAAUUAGAUAGAGAGGUGCGUGAUGAAUAUUCUUUCGUGCUUACAUUAACUGAUGGCAAUCUAGGCGAGGGUAAUUUUAUUACGCAAAGCUUCUUGUUGUUAGUUGAAGAUGUGAAUGACAACGAACCCAUUUUUAAACCUUACCCUUCCGCAAUUACCGUUAAGGAAGACGCACCACCAGGUGUUUUACUAACAGUGGAAGCAACCGAUCUAGAUGAGGGUGCAUAUGGUCAGGUUUUAUACAACUUACAAGAACUGGAUGGUGAUGUAGAAAAUUUUGCUAUCCAAACAGUGAAUGGGAAAGGAGUAAUACGUUUAACAAAUCGAUUAGAUUAUGAACGAAAAUCUCUGUAUCAGUUAAGGAUUCUAGCAGUUGAUAGGGCUAAUCAAGGGAGGGUUAAUACGGGUACGGCCGCUAUCUUAGUUAAAGUACAAGAUGUUGAAGACCAACCACCUGAAUUUGUUGUUGCGAGUCCUGUUACCAGAAUCGGUGAAGAUGCGUCUGUCGGAACAUCGGUUUUACAAGUACGAGCUAUUGAUGGUGAUAGGGGCAUUAACAACCGCAUCUCAUACAGUAUUAUAUCUGGUGGAGAAGAACACUUUGAUAUUGAUAGCAGCUCUGGAAUUGUUUACACAAUCAGUCCCUUAGAUAGAGAAGACCCUAGUAAUAGCAAUGGAGCUUAUAUUCUUGAGAUUUUGGCUACAGAAGAGUCCCAUAUGGUGUCCCCAUUGCCUAGUGCCACAACAGAAGUGACAAUUAUAGUUACUGAUGUAAAUGAUGAAGAGCCCAGGUUCAGAAGUGACAGGUACAUCGGGGAAGUGAUUGAAAAUGCACAGCAAAACACACCUAUAACAUUUUUGCAAGAUGCAGUACCGGAAGUUUUUGAUUAUGACCAAGGUAAAAAUGGGACUUUUGAACUUUAUUUAGUAGGUGAUAAAGGUGUCUUUGAUGUUACACCUUUCAAAGGCAUCAAUGAGGCUUCUUUUCUCAUAAGGGUGAAUGACCCAUCCUUUUUGGAUUAUGAAAAAGUUACAGUCAUGAACUUCAGUCUAGUCGCCAAAGAGAUUGUUACCAAAGACCCAAAAAUGAGUGUAGUACCAAUAACGGUGCAUAUAAAAGAUGAAAACGAUAACUUUCCUGAGUUUACUGAGUCACUCUACACAGUUUCUAUUCCUGAAAACUGUGGUGUUGGCACUACAGUAGCUUGGGUGCAAGCCUUGGACAAAGACUCCGACAACUAUGGCACUAGAGGUGUGAGAUACACUAGUCUAGGUGGCAGUAUCGCUCAUUUACUUCACCUCAACCCGAUAUCAGGCGUGAUAACGGUAAAACAAGCAGGCGAUGAUAGCUUCGACCGAGAACUCGUUUCGAGGCAUUAUCUCACAGUCGAAGCUAGGGAUGAUCAGGGCAAGGGUAAUAGAAACACCGUCCAGCUGAUAAUAAACAUAGAGGAUGUAAACGACAACGCUCCGAUGUUCCUCGCUAACAAAUACGAAGCGAGAUUGUUAGAAAAUGAACUGGAAUUCGAGAACCCACUUAUAUUAGAAGCUAGAGAUAUUGACUUGAACGGUACAAAGAAUAGUCACAUAGAGUAUUCCAUAGUCGGCGGUGACUAUAAGAAAAAUUUCUCAAUAGAUCCAAACUUGGGUAUUAUAACGCCGGUCGGUGGAAUUGAUUUUGAACAGUUACCCGGUGACAAUAGCAACAUACGACCCAUCCAUUUAACUGUCCGAGCGCGCGACUUUGGCUCGCCCUCUCUGUCGUCCACGGUGCCGGUGUCGGUGUACGUGCAAGACGUCAACGAUCACGCGCCGCUGUUCACGCAGAUGGUGUACCGCAGAGCUAUACCCGAGGACAUGCCGGGUGGAACCAGUGUGCUAGAGGUGAAGGCCCGCGACGGCGACGGCUCGUCCGCGAACAGCGCGCUGGUGUACCGCAUCCAGCGCGGCGCCAGCGACAAGUUCGUGAUGGACUCGCGCUCCGGCCUCGUGUCCGUCGCCAACGGCUCGUCGCUCGACCCCGACCGCACCGACCCCAAGACCACGCGAUACACGCUCACCGUGGUGGCUCUAGACGGCGGUAUAGGUGACCAGCAACUAAGUGCAGCGGUUAUCGUAAACAUAACCAUCGUUGAUGUGAACAACAAGCCUCCUGUACUCAUCGAACCAGGUGUUGUGCACGUUAUGGAGAACACGCAGGUCGGUACAACGAUAUACAGAGCCCAAGCUUAUGAUUUAGAUGAACAGCCAGUUCUGAGGUUCGCUAUUGAUAAGUCAGCGAGUUAUGCUAAAAACGAGGACGGAGUGCCAGUAUCUAUCACUGAAUACGAUUACCUGUCUCUAUGGGAUUUAAACACUAUAGACGGUACACUGAGAGUUGUUAGAUUACUGGACAGAGAAACGGUCGAAAUUGUAAAGUUGGCAAUCACAGUUGAAGACAUGGCCGCUAUAGACGAUGGACCAAAACAAACCGCUUCAGCGAUGUUAACGAUAAUCGUAGAAGAUGAAAACGACAACAAUCCUAAAUUUAGGAAACCAUUUUACAAAACAUCUAUUACUGAGAACUCGAAACACGGCAUGCAUAUUGAGACCCUGAUAGCGGACGACGCUGACAAGAAUAGAACGAUGACAUACUUCCUGGAAGGGUCUGAAGAAUUGAGAAGUUUCCUUCACAUGGAGAGUGCAACCGGAGAAGUGGUGGUCGCCAACAGAAUCGACCACGAAAUGUAUUCUUGGUUAAACGUGACAGUGAAGGCCGUGGAUAGUGGCGUCCCAUCGCGAUAUGCUGUCGUAGAUUUGUUUAUACAGGUAUUAGACGAAAACGACAAUAACCCUAUAUUUGAACCAUCGCCAUUCGAAUUUCGUGUGAGAGAAGACGCGGAGCCUGGAACAACUGUCGCUAAUAUAGUUGCUAAAGACGCUGAUGCCGGAGAUUACGGAAAAAUUACUUAUCUUCUAGACAGGGUCUCUACACAGGGAAAAUUUCUAAUAAAUGCUGACACGGGAGCUCUGAAGGUAUCGGAUUGGUUAGAUCGUGAAUCUCAAUCCGUAUAUAACUUGGUGGUAGAAGCUUGGGAUAACUACCAGUUCGGAUACCUUAGUGGAGAGAGUCGAAAUGCUUUCAAACAAAUCAUUGUCCAUGUAGAAGACGUUAAUGACAAUCCACCAGUACUAAGCCUGCCAUUGGAUUGCGUCACAAUAACAGAAUUCCACAACUACCGGGAGGCUAUAGUGUCUAUAACGGCUACUGACGCUGACGAUAAUAAUACCCCCAAUGGAAGGGUUCAGUUUCACUUGGUCGCUGGGAAAGGACAUGAACUCUUCCGUUUCGAACAAGUGGGAGGGGAUGCCAAUACCGGUCGUUUAUUUGCUAAACAAUCUCUAAAAGAUCGUUUCGGCAAUUACACCCUUAUCGUAGAAGCGAGAGACCUCGGUAUCCCAGCUAAUGUAGUGAGAGGUGACCUACAUGUCUGCGUGACGGAUUACAAUGAUCAUGCUCCGAUAUUCGUUCAUCCCCCCCAAAAUGUCACAAUUAAAGUGCCCGAGAACGCCACGAUAGGCACAACAAUUAUAGAAGUGCGCGCGAUCGACGCUGAUAUAGGACCAAACGGCGCCGUCCGGUAUAGGCUGCGGCAAGAUGCGCAGGGGGCUUGGAGGGCCUUCGCGCUCCAAGCUACGAGUGGGGCCCUGAGGACAGCUAUAUCCUUCGACAGAGACAAACAAACCACGUACCAGCUCAGAAUAGAAGCUUACGACCUCGGUCUCCCGACCCCGCUCAGUUCCGACCUCGAUCUAACCGUCUACAUACAAAACGUCGACAACUACCGCCCACGGUUUCCUUACAAACAUAUACAUUUGAAUAUUACUGAAAACGUUCAAGAUUAUAGCGCCUACCUACCGAGCGUUAUAGAGAGAGAUGAGAUUGAUAGAGGCGAUGAGCCGAUGUUGCCAGUAUGCUAUUAUAUCGUUGAAGGGAACGAAGGUGGAAUGUUUGAUGUUGAUAGAAAUUCUCACAGGCUAACAUCGAAAGAACUAGACAGGGAACAAAAAGACCAAUACCUGCUAACCAUUUUAGCCACAGAAGAUUGUACUAUGUCUAAGCCGAAUUACGAAGAAAGGUUAGAUGCAAUGAGUACUUUAAAAGUGCACAUAAUAGUCAACGAUGUCAACGACAACAGUCCACAGUUCGUUACUAAAAUAUUUACAGGCGGAGUUACCACUGAAGCGGACUUUGGUAUCGAAUUCAUGCACGUAAAGGCUGUAGACUCAGACGAGGGUAUCAAUGCAAAAAUAAGUUACUAUUUGUUAGGAGACGUGAAAGAAACUUUGACAGAAGGUUUAGAAAACUUGGCCGUUUCGCCGUUUCUUGUACACGUCGAGACUGGCGCGGUGUCACUUAACUUCGACCCUCAAAAAGGGAUGAAAGGGUACUUCGAUUUUAAGGUAUUGGCGAACGAUACCGAUGGAUUGCAAGAUGAAGCUCACGUGUUCAUAUAUCUCCUACGCGAAGAUCAACGAGUUCGUUUCGUUCUACGAUCCCAUCCCUCCGAAAUUCGAGACAAAAUUAAUACAUUCCGAGAAAAGCUCGCCCGUGUAACAGAUUCCGUCGUGAAUAUAGACGAUUUACGAGUACACGAGAAUAAAGACGGUUCGGUCGAUAACACUAAAACUGAUUUAUAUUUACAUCUUGUGAAUGGAGAGGAUCAUUCGGUGCUGGAAGUAGAUCAAGUGCUCAAGCUCGUCGAUAAGAACAUAGAGCAACUAGAUGAGCUUUUUAAGGAGUUCAACGUGCUCGACACCCAGCCGGCCGAGUUCUCAGCGCUGUCGGCGGAGCGGCUGUCGUCGUCGCAGGCGGUGUACUGGCUGGCCUGGAGCUCGCUGCUGCUGGGCGCGCUGCUGCUGCUGUCCGUGCUGGCGGCUCUCGCGCAACGAGCUGACUACGCGAGGCGACUCAAAGCCGCCACCGCCACCGCCUAUUCUUCUCCAACCCCGGGCGAAUCGGACAUGACAAUCCGAAGCUCCGGCGGACGAGUUCCGAACACCAACAAACACAGCACAAAAGGUUCCAAUCCGAUAUGGCUGCAUGCCUACGAAAACGACUGGUACAAAUCCGACGACCAAAUAAGUCACUCCGAACGCGAUUCGCUUGACGAAAACGCAGUGGACCAGGACAUGUCGAAUGAGAAACCCUACUUCAUAACCACAGCCGCCUUCCCUUCAAUACGAUCCACCGAAACAGAACCAGAAGCCGAUCAGGGCAACUACGAUUUCUACCAGCAACUCGAGCAGAUGAAGAAUGCAAAAAACAUGGAGACGACAGAGCUAUAAAUCAUUGUGCCUUUAUAUGUACCUAAAUAUACUUUUAGAAUAAUAUUUAUGACGUUGCGUCUCAUAGUAGCUUUAUCAAUGUAAUAGAGGCUAUUUACGAUAAAGUUAGAUGACUCCACAGAUCAUUAGUAAUCUGUUUACAACUGAUAAAGUUGUCAAUAUUAGUUUAAGUUCAAAUGGGAUGCGUUAAGCGACAAGAGUAGUAAUUUGUAAAGUUGUUUUACUUGAUGUAUGAAAUAAUCUUCGUCUGUGUAUGUAACUUUAAUCAUCUAAAAUAUACUUAAUUAAAAAGCCAAUCAAUCAAGUCGGGUAAAUUAAUAAAUUUAAAAAUAGUUGUUCUUCUUUUUU